AUGACCCUGAAAAGGCGGGAAUCCAGCACCGCGGGCAGGAAAGGCACGGCGGCACUGCACUCACGACAUGAGUUCUACAGCGACACCUGGUGCCAACGACUGGCGUUCAAGCACCUCCUAUUGAAGCUCGGCCCUCACAAGCCCAUCCGCAUCACUCUUGGAGCAGCAGCCGCACUCGUGUUCCUCCUCUUCGGGGCGGUAGGGAGUGCGUGGUUCUUUGGUCCUGGAGGCAGUUCGGAAGAGUCGCAGGUAGAGCCCGAAGCAGACCGUAAAGUGCUGAGCGAUUUCAUGGAACCUUGGGCAUCGGGGCUUGGACGGAUUGCUGCCACGAUCUCCCAUCCUUGUGCACAACAAGAGGAGAGGGCCCAAAUAUGUGAACGCACGAUGUCGACGAUUGCGCAAGAAAUGGAGGACAUCUUGUCAGCGGUGGAUCGACCGCCGCAGAGCGAGGAUCUCGUGAACCACUCCAAUGAUGCCUCGAGGUUGUGA